AUGAAACGCAGGAAAAUUGACCCGGCCGAACGGACCAAUCGAAAGCGCGUGAUCUGCCUACGAUGCGACAAAGUACUAAACGCAGAUAAUACGACAUAUCACCAGCAAUCAAUACACAAAGGACUGACGCCGAAGUUUCAAGAUAUAGUCGACAAAUCCCAACGGCUCCUGAAUUUUGAAUCUUUCAAACCUGUCGAACUUUUGAGUGAGGUAUAAUUUGAAAAUUUUUUAUAAUAAUAUAAUUGAUGCAGACAUGCAGUAGCCAGACUGAGAUUUUGUAUAGCUGUAUUAUGUCUGUUUAUCGGCAUGUUGCUGUGUGUACUUCGAUUCUAUUUGAUUCCAUUUGGAAACAACUAGUGUAUGCAAAAAGCAAGACAGACGGUGUGUAUAGUCGAAGAAGUAUAGAACAUUUAAAUGAGGUUAUGAUAUAGAUUUUAUGCUAAUACUUACACCAUACUAGUCACAAUAUAAUGUAUUUUUAUGUAUAAUAUCUAUUUUUGGAUAGUCUAUUGGUUCCUGUCAACAGCCAACAAAAUGCGAAACAAGUUUACAACAGCUUCAAACACAGUCAAGAUCAAGGGAGUCGACUUCUUAUGACGCGAGCUGGGCUCCUGUUCAAAAGGAAGUUGAUGUAGAAAUAGAGAUUGACCAGCCGAGCUUGCCCGACGCUGACGUCCACCAAAAUAUUUCAUCUGAUUCUGCAACUGCCGAAAAUGAAAAACAACAAACAAUCUGUUCACAAGCAUCAGUUAUAGUGUCUGAAUCGAUUUUUCAAGGAUCUGAAACAGCUGAAACGGACGUGAACGAUCGUGAAUGUCGUAAAAUUGAUCUUGUAUGCACAGAAACUGAAUUGCCACCAUUGCCAAACAGCACUGCCACCAUUCCCGAAUUGAUGCUUGAAGAUACUGAAAAUACACUCGAAAACGCUGACAAUGUAACGGUGUCAUCAACAGAGCGGUAUCUCCGCUGUCUCGGUCAGUUACGAAGGAGUUCCGAGAAAUUAUCUAGCCUAGUGAGUGAAGCAACUGAUCAAAAUCAAGUCCACUUGAAAUCUGCAUAUACACAACUUAUUAGUACUUGCGAAAGAGUUGUAACAAUGGUUGAGGACGUGAAAGAGUUGGACUACAAGCAGUCCAGAAUCAAACAGAGGCUGAAUCCGACAUGCUUGAGGAUAGCAAUCUUAUUGAACAUGAUCCAGCUAGAAGACCGGCAACGUUAACAAGAAACCAAACAAAGUAUCUAAUCCAUCUUGGACCAUAUCAACCAAAACUAUCUAUUUAUCCACGUAAUCUUGAACUAACCAAGAAGGGAAAGCAGAGCUCAUUUUCUCAAUCAUGGUUCGAUGAUUACCCUUACUUAGAGUACAGUAUUUUAGCAAACAAGGCUUACUGCUUCGUGUGUAGUAUAUUUGGAAAAGAAGGCGAUCAGAGAGAAAGAUCAGAGAAAGCGUGGAUAGAAGGUAUCGAUGAUUGGUCUAAGAUGAAAGGCAGUCGAGGCAAAAACAAACCAGGGAAACUACAAACCCACUUUAGCUGUGACGCUCACACUGCCGCAAUUCGUGACUAUGCUAUUUUUGUCCGAGAGGGUAACCAUAUCGAUGAAUUAUUGUCAAAACAGCAGCGAAGAAGUAUUAUCGACGACGAAAGCGAAAAAGCGAAGAAUAGAGAGGUUAUCGAAAUGCUUAUUGACGUGACUAAAACACUGACAAGAAACGGAAUAGCCCUUCGUGGAAACGACUCUGAUGAAGACGGAAACUUCCGGCAAAUCGUCUACCUUCUUUCACGACAUAAUCCUGUAAUGAAAGCGUGGUUAGAAAACCGUUCGAUGCGCAAAUACCACACAACGUAUCUCAGUCCACAAAGUCAGAACGAGUUUAUUAGUCUUCUGGGUGACGAAGUAAGAAGUCAAAUAAGCUCUUGCGUAAAAGAUGCUGGUUUCUGUUCGGUCAUGGCAGACACUACACCCGAUGUUAGUCACAGUGAUGAGCUAUCUGUUGCUGUCCGCUACGUUGAUGUAGACUCUUGCUUGCCAAAAGAACGAUUGGUGAGGGUGGUAGAGACUAAAGACAAGACUGGAGCUGGACAAGCCGAGGACAUUGUGAAGUGUCUGAAGCUAUCGCACAUACCACUGUCAACUGUUAUGUUUCAAACCUACGACUCAACUGCCAGUAUGUCAGGAAGAUUCAAUGGCGCGCAACAGAAGCUGAGUGAGAUGUUGGAGAGAAAGAUUCCUUACACGAAGUGCACUCCACAUGGUGUUAACCUCGUGGUAGAGCACGGUUGCUCAGCAUCACCAUUAAUUGGUAAAGUAUUUGCGGUUCUGGAGAAGAUUUUUGUCUUCUUCACUGAUAGUCCAAAAAGGAAUCAACAUCUGAAGGAGAAAUCUGAGGAAGUUGGAAAUUACCUGCAGCUGCGAAACCUUUCCAAAACAAGAUGGGCAGCCCGGCCCGAAUCUGUGGAAGCCGUUUGGAGAGGUCUAGAGGCUAUUUUAUCAGCUCUCGACGCAAUUACGAAAACUGGCGACCCAGUCUCAAAGACAAAAGCAGCAGGACUGAUUAAUAUGAUUCUUAACAUCGACUUCAUUUGUGGAAUAAUGUUCUUAAAAAAU